AUGUCAGAGACCGCCCCUUCCCUGGAGCUUUCCUCCAUAUCGGUGCAUGGGCAGGGAAACAGCUCCUUACAGGUAGAGACCUCUGACGUAAUGUGUGAGCAGGACAAGGUGAAAUUCACUUUUCAUACCAAGGUGAGUUUCCUCCCUCACUUCACCUAGACUGAGUUCACAGUUGUACGGCAGCACUUCAACUGGCUACCUGAUGCUUACGUGGAGGAUGAGGAGUCCGCCGGCCUCAUCAUCCUUCCAGUCCCUCCAAGGCCAGACUUUGAGGCUUCUAGAGAAAAGCUGCAGAAGUUGGGUGAGGGGGACAGCUCCAUCACUCAGGAAGAAUUUAGCAAAAUGAAGCAAGAGCUAGAAGCAUGAUACCUGGCCAUCCUUAAGACGGUUGCAAUGCAUGAAGUCUUUCUGCAGCGCCUGGUGGCCCACCCCACCGAGUCAAGACCACAACUUGUCUUUUUGAAAUAUGGGCAGGAUCUGAGUGUCUGAGGAAAGAACAGGCAGGAGCUCCGUGGGGUGUUUCUGAGAAAUAUUGUGAAGUCUGCAGAUGAAGCCCUUAUCACAGGAAUGUCAGGGCUCAAGGAGGUGGAUGGCUUCUCUGAGCAUGAGACCUUCCUGCUGGAGUACCACACCUGCACCCGAGAAGCCUGUCUGCGGGAGGAUCGUGUUAUGCACUCCCAAGAGUGCCUGGCAGAAGAUUAUCUCCCUAUCUCUGCUUGAUCUCUGCUUGCACUGAGCAGUCUGGGAACACAGGAAGCCAACCAGCUAGACAGGAGGACGAGCUUCCUCAUAUUGGCAGAGCUCUUUGAACACCUGAGAAAGCUGGAGGGCCGAGUGGCCUCAGACAAGGACCUGAAGCCGUGAGAUGUGCUGCAAUACUGCAUGACUCACAGGCUGGCCAAGGACCUGCUGUACCAAUGGCAGCAGACACUGGCCAACUACAAUACCAAGGCACAGGACAAGGUAUGCACCAGGAACUGGGAGCUGUGGCCGGUUAAGAGCCACCAGCAGCUGUGCUGCCAGCACUUCAAACACCUCUCCAACUCCCACCACGCACGGUGA